GCACUGGUGCUCAGUACAAUCUGUACUGCAAUGAAAGUGUUCAUGAUUUCCAUUUCUGGAGAAAUCACCAUCACUGCUGGAAUAAUAACUGUGACUGUCUUGGUGACAUGAACACCUGUAGAUGCUAUGAUUAUAAUUCCUCUUCCUGUUUCUGCACAAAUUAUGGCAUUAACAUCACUAUGCCUGCUGCUAUUAACCCUGUCUAUGAAUUUGGCCUUUAUAAUGACACCUACAUCUGCACCAGCACUCACUACCGCAUGUAUUGUCACAUAAAUGCGCUUCAGUUUAAUUAUUCCAUAUUUGAGCAACAUUGCCGUUAUAAUGGAUGUUCCUGCAUUGGUAAUAAAGAGAACUGUACAUGUACUGGUAAAACAUCCUCCUCCUGUUUCUGUGUAAAUAUCACAUCCAGUCCAUCUACUACAGGAAUAAAUAUAACACUGCUGGAUAAUUGCAUGAGUCAGUCCACAGGAGGAUGUGUAGAGAAUCUUCUUAACCAGAUAGAGAACAUUACAGCUCAAGUGCUUCCUUUGAAAGAUGUGACCAAAAUUUUGGACGUGGCCCUGAACACUUCAGAGAAGAUUGUAGGUUCAUCCCCAGAUGAACUAGUCUCUUAUGGAAACCGUGUGUUAAAAGCCAGUGAUAAACUCAUCUCUACACUAGUGAAGCCAACAGAAACAAGUGACUCGGUCAAUUUCACUCUUGAGACUGUCGAGGUUCAAGUCUUCAUGGUUGGACCAAAUGUCAUCUUAAAUCAAAUCCCUCAGCUGGACACAACAAAUUCUUCUGUGGACAUUGAUCUCAUUGGAAUCGCCAAGAACAACCAUGAAACACAAUCAGCUGCUGUGGCUUUCAUGAGCUACACCAUAAUGGAGAAACUACUGAGUCCUGACUUCUUCAACACAUCAGAUGACACAGUUAAAACCAUGAUGUCCACUGUGAUCUCAGCUACUCUUCCCAAAACUGACAACAAAGAGCUCACCAAACCAGUCAACUUCACCCUGAAACACAUCAGAGAGUUUGUCUCUGGAGGUAAUCUGUCCUGUGUGUACUGGAAUAUCAGUGAGUGGAUUGUAGAUGGUUGUUCUGUUGUAAAGACCAACAGCAGCCACACUGUGUGUUCCUGUGAUCAUCUGUCAACAUUCGCUCUCAUCAUGCAAACCAGCAGCCCACCAGAGGAUGAUCCACUGAUGGAAAUACUGAAUUUGGUGGUGGUGAUCGUGGGGCUGGUGUUCCUCAGUUUGGCCCUGUUGACUUUUGCUUUUUGUUGGUGGAGUCCUGGAGUGAACAAUGUGGCUCGAAUCAACAUCUGCUUGAGUCUGCUGUUGGCUCAUCUUCUGUUCUUACUCACACAACAGUUCCUGAAAUAUAUACAACCUAACCAGGUGUUGUGUGCUGUGAUAUCAGGCGUUCUGCAAUUCUUCUUUCUCUCCUCCUUUGUGUGGAUGUUCAUUGAAGGUGUGCUGCUUUUCAUCUGUGUGAAGAACCUAUCACAGAUCAGCUCCAAACAGAGGGAGGUGCUUAGCAGCGGAUUCAUGAUUGUGAUUGGAUAUGUGAUUGCAUUUGUUGUUGUGGGCGUGUCUGUUGGACUGGUUUCUGAAGGCUAUGGCAGUGAAAAAUGUUGGAUUAAAAGAGAAAAAGGAUUCAUCUGGAGUUUUCUGGGACCUGUUUGCGUCAUUCUAAUAUUAAACAUGAUUCUCUUCAUCAACAUCAAUGUCUGUCUGAACUCAACUCUCAAAAACCUGAACACUGAAGUUUCACAGAUGAAACAAAUCAAGAUUAUGGUAUUUAAAACACUGGCCCAGUUUGUGGUUCUCGGUUGCCCCUGGAUUCUGGGUUUCUUCACUAACAGCAGUAAAGUGCUGGAGAUUCUCUUCCUGAUCUUGAACUCCCAGCAAGGAACCUUCAUCUUCCUGAUCCACUGUGUCCUCAAUAAUGAGAUCAGGCAGCAGUAUGUGGAGUGGUUGAGCACUAUUUUCCCUGGAAUUAAACCCAAAACCAUCAAAAGUGACCGAAAUCCAAUGAAUACUUCAGUGUCCAUGUUUAGAGAAUGAGAAUGCCGUUAUUAUCAAAGUGAUUCAAUCAUUAUUGGCAUAUUACAGUACAUUUCAGUCACAUUAAAGUUAGCAAUUAACAUGUAAUACAAGUCUUAUUUUUCAAUAUCUUUUGAUGU